AUGGGUAAGGAAGAGAAGAACCACAUCAACUUGGUCGUUAUCGGCCACGUCGACUCCGGCAAAUCUACCACCACUGGUCACUUGAUCUACAAGUGUGGUGGUAUCGACCAGCGUACCAUCGAGAAGUUCGAGAAGGAAGCUGAAGAGUUGGGCAAGAAGUCCUUCAAGUAUGCCUGGGUUCUUGACAAACUGAAGGCCGAGCGUGAGCGUGGUAUCACCAUCGAUAUCGCCCUCUGGAAGUUCGAGACCCCCAAGUACAUGGUCACUGUCAUUGUCACCAACUUCAUCAAGAAGGUCGGAUACAACCCCAAGGGUGUUCCAUUCGUCCCAAUCUCUGGUUUCAACGGUGACAACAUGAUCGAAGCCUCCCCCAACUGCCCAUGGUACAAGGGAUGGAGCAAGGAGACCGCCGCUGGCAAGGCCUCCGGUAAGACCCUCCUCGAGGCCAUUGACGCCAUCGACAUGCCCACCCGUCCUACCGACAAGCCCCUCCGUCUCCCACUCCAGGAUGUCUACAAGAUCUCCGGUAUUGGCACAGUGCCAGUCGGCCGUGUCGAGACCGGUAUCAUCAAGCCCGGUAUGGUCGUCACCUUCGCCCCCGCCAACGUCACCACUGAAGUCAAGUCCGUCGAAAUGCACCACCAGCAGCUCCAGGCCGGUAUGCCCGGUGACAACGUCGGCUUCAACGUCAAGAACGUUUCCGUCAAGGAAGUCCGCCGUGGUAACGUUGCCGGUGACUCCAAGACCGAUCCACCAAAGGGCUGUGCUUCCUUCAACGCCCAGGUCAUCGUCCUCAACCACCCCGGUCAGGUCGGUGCUGGUUACGCCCCAGUCCUCGACUGCCACACUGCCCACAUUGCUUGCAAGUUCUCUGAGCUCCUCGAGAAGAUCGAUCGUCGUACCGGUAAAUCCGUUGAGAACAACCCCAAGUUCGUCAAGUCUGGUGAUGCCGCUAUCGUCAAGAUGGUUCCAUCCAAGCCCAUGUGUGUUGAGGCUUUCACUGACUACCCACCACUCGGUCGUUUCGCUGUCCGUGACAUGAGACAGACCGUUGCCGUCGGUGUCAUCAAAUCCGUCGACAAGACCGAGAAGGCUGGUGGUAAGGUCACCAAGGCCGCCCAGAAGGCCGCCAAGAAGUAA